AUGGCAAGGUCUUACGGCGUUGCCCCCGUCGAUAGAGAUGACACUGUUGCCGAUAACGAUAACGCUCCUUUGCUGGGUGUCGGCGCUCCCAAGGCCGAGGAGGAAGACGGACAUGCUACCAUUGUCAGCUGUGUAGGAAACUUGGCAAAUACCAUCAUGGGCACUGGAAUGCUCACGUUCCCACUUGUCAUGGCCUCUGGUGGUAUACUACCGGGCGUUGUGAGCUGCAUCACCUCGGGCUGUAUCGGUGCACUCGGCCUAUGGAUGUUGAGCCGUUGUGCAACUCGCACUCCUCAUCGCAAGUCUUCCUUUUUCGCCGUCUCCAAGAUCACGUUCCCUUCCGCCGCCGUCUUUUUCGACGCCGCAAUUGCCAUCAAAUGCUUGGCGUAUCCAUUAGGCAAUUACCUCAUCAUUAUCAAAGGUCUCAUGCCCGCGGUCGUUCAUUCGUUUUACCAUGUGUUCACCGCUCCGGACGUUAAUCCGCCUUGGUGGGCUGUUUCCGUCUACCUUGUCUGCAUCGUCAUAUUUUGCUACUGGUCUCCGCCUGAAGGAACGGUCAAACCAGGCCCGAUUCAUAUAAUCCACUUUGACAAGUCAUUUAUCUCCACCUUUCCCGUCCAGGUAUUCGCCUAUACAUGUGCCCAAAACCUCUUCCCGAUCUACAACGAACUCAAAUCCAAUACCCAACCACGAAUGAACACGGUUAUCUUUACAUCCAUCUUUUCAGCAACAGCGACGUACGAAAUCAUCGCGGUCUUUGGGUAUCUCACAUUUGGAUCCAAGGUCGGACCCAAUAUCAUCCAUGUAUCCGUCCACGACCAUCUUCAUCGCCAUUGGUCCAUCCCUGCCGAGGAUGCUUGGACAAGAACAAGACGAGGCGGAGGUGCUGGAUCCGCAUGGUCACAUGGAAAGAUGAGCAAGGCAAGGCAUGUUGCGCUCACUUCGGCGAUUGUCGGGUUUGGAUUCGCCAUUGCGUAUUUCGUGGACGAUUUGCAACUGAUCUUGUCGUUUGUCGGCUCCACGGGAUCAACGACCAUCUCGUUUAUUCUUCCUGGGCUGUUCUACUUCAAGUUGUUCCGCAAUGAUCCUGGGCAUAGCCGCGUGCUCUUGGGUACUGCGCUCGCCCUCGCACUCUAUGGCGCUCUCAUCUUUGUGUUUUGCUUGACCUUUAACAUCAUGAAGUUCGCAUGUGUCGUCGUCGCGUCUCUUUCGCCGUCACCAUCGACCGACCUCUCGCUGCCCACGUCUACAUCCGCAGCCUCAUCCGACCCCGGUACCCGCGACGAGCCCGAUCCGACCAUCAUCGAGGCCCUCAACAGCUCCAAGGAUCGACUCUUUGUCCUCAAGCUCGGCGACGACUUUGAUAGUCUCCUCAACGAACGCGGGACACCAGGAAAGCGGUGCACGUAUGUUCCGCCCUCGUCGUACCAGCGCAUGUUGGUCCACCGCUGUGCGCAGUAUUACAAGUUGCUCAUCGAGGCAGAUGCAAAGACGAUUUCUGUCAUGCUCGGUCCCGAGUCUCGCGCACCCAAAUCCCGUAUAUCGGAGAUUGUUCCUAUGGAGCAAGCACCCGCUCCGGCAUUCAAGAUCAUGCGUCGUAAUGUUGAUGAGCGCGCGCGUGCGAAGCAGCCUGGUCGAGCUGACUCGACAGGAGAUGAUCAACCCGAUGGGACGGCUCCCUCCGAGGACCUCAAGCGCCGUGCCCAGAUGACCAUUGAGGAACGUACCGCAGCUUACAACCAAGCCCGGUCCAGAAUCUUCGAGGGUUUCCAAGAAAAGGACGACCCACCGUCAACACCACCCACGAGGCGUGACUCGGCCAAUUCAGAGCCCCGUUGGGUCGACAAGCAGCGUCGAUCUGAUCUUUCGUCCUCCUCUCGUGGGUCUCCGGCACCCCAGGACAUGACGACUAUACCGGCUUCGUACUACCCACCCAUGCUCUUCAACCCCAACGCGCCGAGCGCUCCAGUUCAUUCUCCUCAGCAAUACGAACCCAACGCUACACAACCACCACCGGUGCCGUAUAUGUACGGUCCGCAAUACUACCCGAUGUAUGCAUACUAUCCGCAACCACAGUACGACCCCAGGCAGGGCCCCGCUCCUGGCAUGCAGAUGUAUGCCCCUCCGCCGCCGCCCCCUCAGGGUGUCGCCUACCCGUUCCCUCCUCAACACGCGGCCACCUGGCCCCCACCGAUUCAAUCCCAGCCCCAACCACAGCCUCAGAUCCAGCCCGAAACACAACGUCAUGCGUUCCCUCCGAUGCCCCCUCCUCCCCAACCCGGUCGACACAUGCACGUCCAAAAUGACCCGUUCCCACCUCACCAGUAUAUGCAACCGUACCAGUGCGCUGGGUAUAUGCAUCAACCGGUGCUCAUCCCUACGCCACCCGAUGCACCGGGUAGUAGUCAUUCGAGCCGCUCGGGAUCCAGGAAUGGCCAUAGUGGGCAUGCGAGCAAUGGAUCCAACGGAGGCGCCAAGGGACCGAGGGCUCCGGUUGGCCCCUGGGGUACACCAACGCUUGCAACUCCCAUGCGAGUGACGGGACCUAAUCGGCGUUUGUCCACGAGCUCGAGCUCAACGAGUGCAUACUCGGGUUCGGUGGAGGUGCAGGGAUCUUCCGCUUCUUCCUCUUCGUCUCGGCGGACGUACACUUCCACGUCGACGACGUCCAAGCACCCUCUUCCAGCGCGACCCGACUGGGCUGUGGGGCUCAUGGCAGAACCCAACCUCUCACGCACGACCUCGACGAGUUCGACGGAUAGCAGAUUGAGGAUGACUUCCCGCUCAUCUUCUGGGAACCAGAUCCCGCGUGCUGGAUCCGGACCUGUCAAAUUGGGGGCCAAUACGACCGACUUUCCUCCUUUAAACAGUAACGGUAACGGCACCGCCAAUAACGGAGCUCGGGCGGGUGCAUGGGGUCGAGAAGGAUCGCCUGCCAAUUUGUUUAACAGCACCAUGACCCCUCCGCCCGUGCCUCCUGCAGCCGGCCGAAGGUUCGAAGAAACGGAUUCGAUUGGACGACCGGUUCCCAAGUCAUUUGGAUUAUACAAUCCACCACGGGUGCGGGUCCGGCGGCCCUUCCGGCCCAGGUCCGAACUCCCCAAGAAGGCACUGACGCACUUGUUGAUCAGGUCUCCAAGUUGA